AUGUCGAACUCCACUGCUUCUUACUCCAACAGGACCACCGGUUCGGACCGUUUCUACAGUCCUCCAGUUUUCCGAAAACUGCAGCAAGAGCAGCAGAAACGGUUGGACUCUCACUCGACCCAACCGGAUUCGCAAACCGGUUCUUACGAACCGGCAUUGUCCAGGACUGCUAGUCGCAGUAAUCUAGAUCGUCUUUUGGACGCACUCACACCGUCCGUCCCUGCACACUCUUCAUGCGAGCCUACAAUGAAGGGAAGCAAAACUGGUUACUCCGCCGCCAACAAUGGCACUGGUCGCCUAUAUAUUGUUCUCGAGGAUCUGUGGGAAUCCUACAGAGAAUGGAGUGCGUAUGGUGUAGAGGUGCCAGUAAGCCAUGACGGAGGGGAGGACGCAAAAAUAUACUAUGCGCCCUCCCUCUCUGCAAUUCAGCUAUAUGCUGAGAGGAGGUUAGAAGAGGACAAUAGCGCUGAGUCUUCUGAGGAGACAAGCAGCUCAGCUGAGGAGCUUGUCUAUGAAUUCUUCCAAGGAGCUCAGCCACAUAUUCGACCUCCUUUACAUGAGAAGGCAAGGAAAAACUUUCCGGAGUUUAGUAGCUGGAAGGUCCAUGGUGGAUCCUUAAAUAUGUCUCUUCCAGUUUUUGCCCUUGCCGCUUAUAAGUUGAGAGGCUCAAUGCUAGCUCCUAGUAGAGGCUAUGAAUGGCAGAAAGUUGAGUCUCUAUUGAAUAAUGCUACUGACUGGCUACAGAAUUUGCAGGCAAACCACCCAGAUUACCUGCACUUUGUUAGCCACAGUACCCUGUAG